GUUGAAUCAAACAUCAGUCUACCAUUGACCGUCGUGAGACUUGGACAGUCUUCCGAAAAAAACAGAGCUCAAGAAUCCAGGAGGGAAUUUCUCCGUACGAUAAUAACAAUCAUAUCAUUCGUGUUUCAUAUCACGUGAAUAGUCACGACUCCGAUAUCAGCUGCUGUUAGUGCGGUUCAGUGAAGCCAACAUCCGGCGUUGUUUUAUUUUGCUAAUCUAAUCAACAGUGUGCCAUCUGACGAAAAAAAAACGUGAUCUAACUGUGCUAGUGGAGUUGAAAGUACGAUAUCAUUCGCGACCAACAGCAUAAUUGGGUCUAAUUCAAUGCUCGCCUGAGGAGUAUCACCGGCGGCCCUUGAGUGGAUUGUGUAUUCUCGGCUUAAUAAGCGCGUAGCUUCUUGAAUCCUCGGCCGGCUAACGAGAAGGCUUAAUUCAAUAAUUGGUACAAAUCAGUGGCGUUGGAGAUUGAAAACGAUGAGUUUGAUAAAGCUGGUUAUGCUGCCGACGGUGGGGAUUAUCAUCGUGCUUAUGCUGUUGGGGUGGCCUCAACCGACGGAGGCCAACGACAGUCAGAAUCUCAACCGACUGCUGAACAACCAAGUCAUCGUCAGCCGGCAGAUAAUGUGUGUUCUGGAAAAAAGCCCGUGCGAUCAGUUGGGACGCCAGUUGAAAGCUGCCUUACCGGAGGUGAUACAACGGAACUGCCGCAACUGUUCUCCCCAGCAGGCACAGAAUGCUCAAAAAUUAACCAAUUUCCUGCAGACUCGCUAUCCGGAAGUGUGGGCAAUGUUGAUACGCAAAUACGGUGCCGUUUAAAAGUUUGCUGAAUUUUGGCAGAGCUUUUUUCCGUUUUCUUUCGGUUUCGCAAAAAAACAAACAUCAACGAAAUGCAUGCGGAAAGAGAUCGUCUACAAUAAGUGUCAUGGGAUAGAGACAGACAAAUGUGAUAAUAUCAUAUCCACUUUUGAUUUUCGAUGAGUUGUUCUGUCCGAAUUUUAUUACCUCUGCAUUACCACUGUUUAGAAAGCUUAUCGCUGUCACGUUGUGUUCGAUAGUUUAUUUAAGAAGGCAAACAAUAAUAUUAGGUGGAAUAAGCAUUAUCAAACGAUUGAGAUUGUGUAAAUGUUACAAUGCAUCGUUUAGAAAGUGUACCGUUUCCAACAAACCAGGAAACAGAUAUCAUUUUUAUAACCUGAAAAUAAACGGUAGAUAAAAAAAUUCCCUGCAUUUAUA